AUGUUUGCAGGGCUGGAUGGGGGCCUGGAUGCUUUCGGCCUUGGGGAUGGCACACUGGAAGACAGCCGUCUUGUCCCCACGGAGGAUCUGAUUGAUGGCAAUUUCACCAGUUCCGAGUUUCCCACCACAGCACAUAAUGCCGCUUCAUCGACCGUGGGGGAGGCUCCCGCAUCUGCUGCUGCUUCGGGUGGGACUGGGUGUGGAACUGGCAAUUCGCCCGUCUCGCCCUCCGCUGUCACCGCCCCCUCCCAGGAGCAGCAGCAGCCGGACCUGUUCAACUUGGCCACUGCACCACAAUGGACCUUUCGGACUACACCCCCGUAUGACUCGCCCAUCAGCAAAGGGGACCCCUUUGGUGGCGUACCCCAACAGACGUGGGAACUUCCGCUCAACCUGAGCCAACCAUUUCAGCAGCAACCGUCUUUCUAUUCCCAGUCCUCCACAACUCCAGUCACUGCUGCGGGCAAUGUGCCCGCAGCCUCGGUCUUUGCGCCAAAUCUACAACCGGCUCUAGCCAGGAAUAUACGCAAAAUUCAGAACACGCUCACGCCGGCGCAGCGCGAGCGUCUCAAGAACAUUGCUAUGCCUCCACACCUCAAGUACCACUCGCCCAAGAGCGCCGCUGGCAGCCCCGACUCAGCCUCGAGCCACGACAAGGGCACCCUCUCUUCUCCGGACGCAGCAGAGCCAUCCAAGGUUACAAGCAGGAAGCGGAAGUCGGCAGAGGAAGGGGACGAUGACGACGAUGACGACGAACAGGAUCAUCCCGUGAAGAAAACGGCGCACAAUAUGAUUGAAAAACGGUACAGGACCAACCUCAAUGACAAGAUAGCAGCCCUGCGAGACAGCGUGCCGUCACUAAGGAUCAUGUGCAAGAGCGCACGGGGAGAAGACACGACAGAGGACCGGGAGGAGCUCCACGGCUUGACGCCCGCUCAUAAGCUCAACAAGGCAACGGUCCUAAGCAAGGCUACCGAGUACAUUAGACACCUGGAGAAACGAAACAACCGAUUGCUCGAGGAAAACAGCAAUAUGCAGGCGAGGAUCGCCGCCUUUGAGAAGCUUUUCAUGGCCGGCGCCAUGACUGGCCAGUUACCAAACCCUCUACAGCAGCCUCCAACGCCUAUUCAAUACCCACAGGAUUCCAGCCCAUUUAUGAACACACCAAUGGCGACGCCCCGAGGACUAGACCCACCAGGAUUGAUUCCUAUUCCAGAUGAUAUGAAGCGCAUUUUGGCGGCCCAGCAGCUGAAUGCCGGUCGCCCAUAUCCGGUGCCGGCGCAACAUUUUGGGCAAACCCCGGCGUUGUUGCGCCAGCAGCAGAUUCAGCAACAACAGCAAGCACAGGCGCAGGCGCAGGCCGGCCGGUGGAACCCAUAUCUCGGAAAGCUCAUGGUUGGUUCGUUGGCUGGCUUGAUGCUAGUCGAGGCCCUCGUCGAAUCCGAGCAAGGCAGCGAGACCGAUGCUCGCGGUCUUGGCUCGCUUCCUGCUGUGAGGUUCCUCGCCAACUUUGUGCGGUCUACUCACCUCAGCAUUGGCGGCCAUCACAUCUCGGCAAUAGAGUUCAUUGGGAAGCUGAGAUUGAUCUCCCUCUUGGGUUUUGUCAUGUGGCUUGCCUUCUCAUCAUUUGUCGACACCACCACCGUCUUCCGACCUGCCAAGAAGUCAAAGGGCACCACCUCAGUUGUCAAGGCGGUACCAUCUCUCGCAUCGCCGAUCCAUGUCAGAAGACAGGCCUGGCUCACCGCCAUCCAGACAGUCUGGGUGCCGAGGCAUAACUUUUUCCUGGAAGCUGCUGCUCUCUUGCUCAAAACAGUCAAGUAUGCCUUGAGGAACGUGAUAGGCGUUCACGGUUACCUCGCGCUUGUUGGGUUGAGCGAAGAACAGGAGGCAGCCCGGGUCAAGGCUUGGUCGAUUGCCCUGGACGCCCAGCUUGCCGGCGGCGACGUUGAGAUCAAUAAGAGCCGUCUCACGCUGACCCUGAUUGCCUCCGGCACCCUGCCAGACACGCCUCUCCGACUGAUGCUCAAGGCCUUGCAUAUCAGGGUCCUUCUCUGGCGGCUCAACGGCGCCUGUUGGGUAGCUAACCUGCUUGCUGCCAAGCUUUCCAGAGCGAGGUGGAACGAGGCGAGACAGCUUAACCGCAUUCUCAACGCCCUUCCCGAGGGUGAGGCUUCGGCCGAGGAUGCGCUUCCGGAGCAUCUUGCCGCCUUGCUCGAGCAGGACUGCGACGACGUUCUCAACGACACCAUCAUCCAGCGGGCCCACAAUCUCGCCUGGAACCAGCCCACCAACCACAACCUCGUCGACAAGAUUGACGGCAUGGACACCGUCGUCGACGACGCGGCCGUUCGCUCGCCCAUGGACGCCGUCGCGGCAUGGUACUCCAACCUGCACCUCCACCGCGUCCUCAUCGCCAGUCUCCGCAAGCCGCGCGACGAAGCCCUCACCGUCAACCCCCGCAUGGCAGACGAAAUCGCCCUGGCGUUGAAACUCGCGCCCAUCGGCUCCAAUUCCCAGGUCCGCGCCCUCGUCGCCCGCGCCAUCUUCGCGGACGGCAAGCGCGCCAGCCACAUCGUCGCCGCCCUGCAUGCCCUCGACCCCCUGGCGAACCCGCAGUAUACCAUCACCGCCUGCGUCCCGCACAUGACUAACGUCAUGCCGGACCCGGACGCCCACAUGGCGCUGCGCUGCGCCAUGGGCAUUGCGCAGCUGCAGAAGCACCAGGGGACGGACCUGCCGCAGGCGGCGCGGCGCGUGUUUGAGCUCGUCGUACCGGGCAGUGCCGAGAUUGAGAGCAUGUCGCUGCUGCGGUAUGCGGCUGCCUUUUGGCUAAUGGAGCACAUGACGCGGCACCCUGUGGCGAGGGAAAUGUGCUCGCGGUCGCUGGAGAGGCUGGCGGGUUGUUUGCGGAUAUGGGUGGGCAGUGAUGGUGCGGUGGGGGAGAAGAGUGGGCUGGAUGCCGGGCUGAGGCGGCGGAUGAUUGAGAGGUGUCUGGCGAUUACGAAGAGUGUGGUGGGCAUGGAGACGGAUCCGGGGUAUGGGAGUAUGGAGGAGUGUGAAGACGGGGAGGGCGAGGGGUGUUGA